UAGCCAACUGUCAGAUCCUCGACGGUCAGUGUCAGUAGUCAAACUGUUGUUAUUCUGUUGUGUUCUGUGCAGUGAAAAUUCCGUUUAAUUUGUUCAAGCAUUUUAAAAAUGACUGACGACGAAUCAACGUUUAAAAAGCCUUCGAUUGAUUUGAAGUUGCUGAGUAAGAGCCGUAAAACAGAUCUUCCAACUACUGCAAACGUUCCGGAACCGUCGGCGUCGGAUGAACCGCCGCCUCAACAGAAGGAGCAGCUUCUCGCAGUUGAUGCAAAUGAAAUUCCUCCCAUUCCCUACAAAGAACCAGUUUGGUCACAAAAGUGCGAAGCUUCAUUAAAGUACAACUUCGAAGUGCUCAAGAAUGGUGUGAUCAUAGAAAAUGUGAAUCAGCUGGAAAAUAAACCGUAUUGGUUGUUCGGUCGGCUUCCGAAUUGUGAUAUUAAUAUGGCACAUCCUACCAUAUCUCGAUAUCACGCAAUUUUACAGUACAGGGGACCUGUUGGAGAUACCAAUGAAGACGACUCUGAUGAAAUCGAGGAAAGUAAAUCGCUACAUUAUACCGUCGAACCAGGAUGGUAUCUUUAUGAUCUCAACAGUACCCAUGGCACAUUUUUGAACAAACAACGAUUGAAGCCUAAAACAUACGUGAGAGUCAAGGUAGGAUACAUGAUCAAACUCGGCUCUAGCUCACGCGUAUAUAUCCUGCAAGGUCCUCCUGAAGAUGAGGAAGCGCCGUCUGCGAUGACUAUUACGGAAAUGAAAGAGAUGCGCCAAAAACAGGAAAAGCUCCGAGAGGAAAUGGUCGAAAUUGAAAGACAGGAGAAGGAGCGCAUUGAAAAGUUAAAGGAAUCGGAGGGAAUCAAUUGGGGUAUGGCGGAAGAUGCAGAUGAGGAAACUGAUCUCGCCCACAAUCCCUUUGCCGUUACCAACAACGAGGAACUGUUUUUGGAUGACCCGAAGAAAACAUUGCGUGGAUAUUUUGAAAGGGAAGGCCACGACUUGGACUACAAGUUGGACGAGCUAUCAGUCGGCAAUUAUGUGUGCAGGGUGGAACUUCCUGUCGAUGACGAUUUUGGUCGACCAGUUGUGGCGGAAGUGACCCACAAGGGCAAGAAGAAAGAAGCUGUGGUACAAUGUGCACUAGAAGCAUGUCGCAUACUGGAUCGGUACGGAUUGCUCCGGCAGGCAACACACGAACCACGUCGCCGUCAUAAGAAAACGUCAGAUUCUGACGACGAUGACGACUACCUCGAUCGAACGGGCGACGUCGAGCGACGUCGACAACGUAAGCAAACCAAAAACACGGCUGAAGUCCAUACGUACGAGGAUCUGAUUCGGCGCGAGUCCGAACUUCUGGAGCGACUUGAACAGAUUGAAAGUAAGAUCCAGCAACGGCAAAUGAUUGAAAAGGGAACCCGUUUGCCGGAGAACGAUGAUGAUGUGGAUGAUUUCCUAACAAAGUUAUCGGAAGACAAACCGUACGAUAAGUUUGAAAUUCGUCGGCUGAGGUUGGAAAAGGAUAGGCUUCUCAAGGAUCACGUGACUCUUCAGAAGCUUAUUAAAAUUGCUAAACCAGUUGAUCUGCCAAGCAUGAAUCAAGGGGCUUCAUGUUCUGGAAGUAGCAAAGAGGCUCUCAAGAAAAAAAUGAUGCCUCUUUUUGGUAAGCGAAACAAGCUUAGCAAGACGUUUGGCAUUAAAAAGUCGGAAAUCAAGGUCGGUGGGGUUACAAGUUCUUACGGUGAAGAGGUUGAAGAAGAGGAUGCUGAAGAGGUACAGGACGCACCCGAACAGGACAAGAAACAGGAAUCACUAAAAAAGAAUCCAGAGGAAACGUCAAAGAACAUUCAGGGCCCUGCUUACAAUCCAGAGCAACUUGAACAGCAUCACAAAGACAAUGAAAAUCGGAAGGCCGGAGAGGCAGAAGAAAGUGUUGCCGAAUCGCAAUCUAAAAAUGUGGAAAAUCCAGCAUCGACCGAAGGUAACAGAAAGCGCAGGAGUGAGACCGAACUGGAAGACUCAUCAUCUUCGUCCAUCGUUGGUAAAAAGAAGCGAAAUCGGAACCGUACACGAGAACGGAACCGAGACAACGUAGAUUUUGAUGAUGUGGAAGAGAUGCAGAGUGAGGAGAAGAACAUUGAAUGGGUUCCACCGCAGGACCAAACCGGCGAUGGUAGAACUUCGCUUAACGAAAAGUUCGGUUAUUAACUGAACCCUUCUUGAGUGUUAUUGUACAUAACAAGGUACGUAAAAUAAAUGUAUUAUUUGAGA